CGCGCCUGACUUUCCUAGGUCGGGCUACGAAGAUACCACGCCGUCUCCGACCUCGAGUCGCCGACCUUCACGCCACCCCGCAGUGACACCUUCUCUUAGCCCUCACAUCCGACAGCUCUUUCCGAACUCCUCGAGACUCCACGGCGGGGCCCGACUGGCCUCCCCUCUCCAGCCAUGGGCUUCGGCGACUUCGACGGCAUCUGCCAUAUGGCACCGCUGCCACUAUGCUCCAACAUAGGUCCCAUCACGUCGAUCGCGAGCGGCGUGGGGAUAGAGCCGGACUGCUAUGCGCGGAACAUUGAGCUGGCAAACACAAUCAUCUUCCAGGGCGCGGCCAGCGCAAUGCACAUCGUCGCGCUCGUCAUGACGGUGGUCAUGAUCCUGCAUGUGCGGGGGAAGUUUACGGCAGUUGGCCGAAAGGAAAUCACCACCUUCUUCUACCUCUACAUGCUCCUCACCUUCCUGUCGCUCUGCAUCGACGCCGGCGUAAUACCGCCGGGAUCGGCACCCUACCCUUACUUCGUCGCCGUCCAAGCCGGCCUCGGCUCCGCGCUAGUAACGUGCCUGAUGAUCAAUGGCUUCGUCGGGUUCCAGCUGUACGAGGACGGCACACCGCUCUCGCUCUGGAUGAUGCGCCUCUGCUCGGCCGCCGCCUUCGCCAUCACUUUCCUCGUCUCGCUGGCCACCUUCAAGACGUGGGCUGGACUGGGACCGACCAACACUGUCGGCCUCUUCGUGGUGUUGUACCUGCUCAACGCGGUGCAGCUCUUCGUCUAUGUGGUGCUGCAGAUUCUGCUGGUGGCGCGCACGCUGCAGGACCGAUGGCCGCUGGGCGACAUUGCCUUUGGCGUCUUCUUCUUCGUCGUCGGGCAGGUGAUCCUGUACGCGGCCAGCGCGCCCAUCUGCGAAGCCGUCAGCCACUACCUCGAUGGCCUCUUUUUCGCCACCACGUGCAACCUGCUCGCUGUCAUGAUGGUGUACAAGUACUGGGACUCGAUCACCAAGGAAGACUUGGAAUUCUCGGUCGGCACCCGCAUGAACAACUGGGAGGUCAAGGAACUGCUGCCCGAGGAGGACCGGAGGGCGACGGUCUAUCACGACGACCCCUUCGGCCAGUCGACUCCGGUUGCGUACGAGAGCGCAUACUCCCCAAGUCCGAACCGCCAUUCGCGGUACUAGGCUGCUCCCAAUAUGCUUUGCGAGGCGCUGUUAGGAACCGAGGAAAUCCGGGCUAGGGCGGAACUGUACCGCAGCUCCUCGGUUUCUUAGUGGCGGGAAUGCCAUGCAUGCAAUGACCUUGUUUCUUUGUUUCACCAGCAUCAGCGUGUUGGCUGCUUCCUUUGGCGUUGGCUAUGGGUUUGUGGGAA